CACCCACCGAGAACGAACUCACGCUUGCCGACCGCUUCAUCUCGAGAAUGUCCAGUGCACCAGGAUCGAAUCGCUCGAUGGCGUCGCCGCUGUGCGUCGUUCUCCGGGGGUGCCGCAACCUCUUGGCCGUCGACGGCAUGCAGACCAACAACAACGUGCACUGCGAAGUGUUUCUCAUCGAAAAGGAUGGCCGGCCGCGAGCACCCAAGUUCAAGACCCGGAGCAUCAAGGCCACGGCCAACCCCAUGUACAACCUUCGGUGCGACUUUGGGACGCCGUCGUUCGACGUCGUUGGCGGGCUCGUCGUAUCGAUUCGACACACGGGGGGCCUCGGCCUCAAGAGCUGCGACCUCGGCGAGGUUGUGCUCACGCCGGCAGAUCUUCUCGACAUGAAACUGCAAUCCAACACAGACGGAUGGUACGACGUCGUGGCGACUCCCGACAUGGCAUCCAAAGGCCUCGUGAACCGGCCGCUCGGCCAAGCCCGCUUGGUCCUGGACGAAUCCACGGAACGGCCGACGUCCACGUCGAUGGACGACCCGGCGCCGCUCCCACCACAAGCGUCCUUGACCAACAACAACAACAUCGCCAUGAUGGCCAAGCUGUCGACACGCGCGUUCUCGACAUGCGAUGUCCAUCACGACCCGCACUUCGAACUCAGCAUGCUCACAAAGUUUGCCAAGCUGUAUCCGCAGCGCGGCCAGACGUGGUUUGCCAUUUCGUCGGCGUGGGUCAUGCAAUGGCUGUCCUUCGUCACGGACGCAUCCAACGAUACGCUCUUUCCUGGCGAGGUGAGCAACAUGGAGCUCGUCGACGAUGAGUUGGAAGGCGGGUUUCUCCAAAUUCGACCCGAUGUCGCGCUCAUCUCGGACUUUCGGCUCAUUGACGGCGACACGUGGAAGCUGUACAAGGCAUGGUACGGCGGAGGUCCGACGAUUUCCGUUCGGAUUCCCGAUGCGAUCCCGAGCGUGAGUGGUUGGAUGAAGUCGAUGAAGCUCAAGGACGUAGCGAUGAUUGUGGCGUCGUGAAUAGUGAUGUAGACAUGGCGCUCGCGCGUGACGUUGUUGUGGUGGUGCUCGUCGUUUGUUUUGGGAUGCACGGUCGCGGUGGGGAGGGCUGCAUCGGUGAAUACAACAUCGAUUCGUGCC